AUGUCUAGCCCCAUCUAUUGUAUACUAUCGGCGGGAUCGGUGCAUUGCGUCCCCGUCACGUCGUUCAAUGGCUUGUCGAAGGAGACGCCGACAAAGUUGACGCGGAUUCCCAACGUGGACUCGCUGCUGGACGGGCCGCCCACGUCGCUAUCGAUACUCUCUCCAGCAAUCCUGAAGAUCAAGAACAGAAAUCUCCUAUACACGCUCAACAAUCCGUCGCUCUCUGAUUUGGAGUCCGAUGUCAGCCGUAGAUUCUCCAACGACUCGCAGACGCCGGAAGACGAGGAUCGUAGUUUUGAAGCAGAGCUGGAGUCGGCGUCUGCUCCCGUAUUUGUAAACAAAAUGUUUCGUCUGUUGUUGCCAAAACGCUGGCAAGUCAUAACCCUGGAGGCUAGCGACGACAAUGGCGAUGAAACCGCGUCUAAUGACGAAGGCUACCACCAUACAUCAGGCAAGAGAAACUUUGCUGUCCCUGAGCUGCAGUUCAAAAAUAGCCAACUACACAUCAAGAUCGAAGACAUCGACGAGGGCCCGAAAGAGGCGGAAAUCGUCUCUAUCUUAAACGAUUAUUCUACCCACGCGGUCUAUUUGCCUCAGUAUUUUGUGGACUUGCAAACGAACUUGGAUAGUGACUACACCCAGAUCAGAACACUUCUCACGAAAAUUUUCCCCUCCUGGAAUCUGGAAAUCGUUGUCAAACGCUUGACAGGCGGUAUUACUAAUAUGCUACUAUCCUGUAAUCAUAAAGCAACGGAUCAAACCCUCCUCAUGAGAGUGUAUGGCCAAGGCACAAACCUUAUCAUUGACAGGAAUAGGGAGUUUGUCUCUCACUUGGUUUUGAAUUCUCUCAAAUUGGCUCCACCUAUCCAUGCUCGGUUCUCGAACGGCUUGAUCUACGGCUUCUUGCCCGGCCGCUCUUUGGAACCUGCUGAGCUUAGUAAAAAGUCCAUUUAUCCGCUAAUUGCUCAACAAUUGGGUAAUUGGCACUCGCGCAUCAACUGCGAGUAUAUUGAGGAUGGAAUUGAGAAGCUUCGAAAAUACACAGCUGGCCUCAAGAAACAUUUGCAACCCGACAAUGAGUCCAAAGAAAAGUCUCUCAAAAGAGAAAAGAAACAUUCGAAACUGCUCAAUAACAUAUGGGACCUCAUCGAAGACUGGAUCAUGAUUGUACCGGCUACUGAAGCUUUAGUCAAAAACUUCCAGAGUAACUUACCUGAUAAACUCAUCACCGCGGACAACAUUAGGGAUGUUAUACUCGAAGAGUUCAAAUGGCUUAAGAGUACUCUCAAGAGGGCAACAAAAUCUUCUGUGGUCGUAUCUCACUGUGAUCUUCUCUCCGGUAAUGUAAUCAUCCCAGAUGACUUUGACAUGGACAAUGAAGUAGAGGUCAAUAAUCUCCCUAAAUUGGUAGACAACCCUAUUCAAUUCAUUGAUUACGAGUACAUGCUUCCUGCACCUCGUGCUUUUGAUAUUGCAAACCACUUUGCUGAAUGGCAAGGAUUCGACUGCAAUCGUCUGUUGAUUCCGGAGCCUCUUAAUACAAACGAAACAAUGGUGACUUGGUGCAAGGGAUAUCUCAACAAUCCAGAGUCUUCGCAAGAAGAGGUAGACUCAUUGAUACACGAAAUAUCAUGCUACUAUGGUAUGCCCGGCUUCUAUUGGGGAAUUUGGGCAAUGAUACAGAGUGAACUCUCAACCAUCGAUUUCAAUUAUGCUGAAUACAGUGAGCUUCGUCUAGAGGAGUAUUGGAUUUGGAAAGAGAAGUUUGAUAAGAAUUGA